GGUUGUACGGAAGCAUAAGCAACCAAGAUAUCGGUGUCGAAAAGGAUUUACUUCUCAGAACAUGAUGGCCGCAUGCUCGUUUGACCAUCAGUUUCUAUUUGUGUGCACCGGGUGGGAGGGUUCUGCAGCUGAUAUGAGGGUACUGCGAUGGUGUUGCGAGAGUGGCGGUUUCGCUGUCCCGGAAGGAAAAUAUUAUCUUGUUGAUUCUGGAUAUGCGAAUACUGAUCACUUCCUCGCGCCCUAUCGAGGGGAACGAUAUCACUUGAGCCAAUUUGAUGUAAAUGCACAAGCCCGAAGGCAUCGAGGACCUCGAGAUUUAUAUAAUCAUCGUCAUGCUCAAUUGCGAAACGUAGUUGAGAAAGCUUUUGGGAUCCUAAAGAGGCGGUUCAAGGUGCUUCGACAAGCAACACCAUUUCCCUACAAGGUGCAGUGUCGCAUUGCCCUCGCAUGUUGUGUCAUACACAAUUUCAUCAAAAGACACCAAGGGACCGAUAGGUACUUCAACAUGCAAAUGGACUCAUUGCCGAUGGACGACACACUUGAUGAAUCAUCAGCUCCUGUUGGGCCAGACGAGUCUCGGAGAGGAGACGCCCUUCGCACUAUGAUAACAGGGCAACUUUGGAACAAUAGAUAGGAGGAAAAUAUUGAGAAUGAUGUAAAUUUGUUUUUUACUUUAUGCUUUUUUUUUUCCUUCUCAACUUAUGUGCUGUGUCUUUAAACUGAAGUUAUUGCGUGCUGUUUUCCAUAUCUUUGUAAUUGGAAGUUAAGUUAUGUUA